AUGGCAUGGCUCGAAGGGUUCUACAUUGUGAUUUCGGGGGCAGUGACUCAGAGAUGGGCCGGCCACAUGGCUACCGAGUUACAACGCACCGCCACGACUGUCAACGUUAGGCUCGUUGUUGCAGUGACGGCCAACAGAAGUCCCAUCGAGGUUCCAGUGAAACCGACGCGCCAGUGGAGCCUCCAAACAUGCAUCCUUGUGCCACGUUUGGCAAGGAUCCAGUGUGGUUGUGGGCAAGAACCUCAGAUGCUUCUCAGCUUGCUUUCCAAGCGCGUUGGGCAAAUCUUACUUAGCCGCGAGUCGUGGGGAGCAGCCGGACCGUCCACCGCCACCGACAGCACGACCCCGUUCUUCUCCAAGGAUUGA